UCCGUGUCUUCUGCGGAAAACACCCAAGACCAAGAGGGGGUUUGUGUACCCGUCGAGGCGACUUUCCUUGAGCCAUUUUUUCAUUUCAUCCGGACUAAGGUUGGACACAUGUAGGCUGCUGUGUCCCUGCGGCCCGAGGACACCCACAUCUGUCUGAAGGGACUAACGAAUGUGGCUGUACACACGGCAAUGCGAGGUGCGACUAUGGAAGGCCGAAAUGCAAAAAGUUGUCCAACCCAGAGGAAUGACGGCGAGAGAGGACGCCAUACAAACAACUUAGCUGUUCCAAUGUUAAUGAAUUCAGUAACUGUGACAUGGUACACAGCUGUGGAGUACAAAGUUGGAAAGGUGCUGGCGUAAGGCUGAAUGAGGAAACGAGAGGUGCACAUUCUUUGGAUCACGUUGCUGAAGAAGAGUAGGCGUGCUCGAUCUGUGCAUACAACACAGGACUAACUGAGUCGAACAGCAGCAUUAGAUGGAGUGAGCGUGGACGCAGCUAUGUAAGAACAUCUCUCCUGUGUACAGGUCGUGACAAUCAACACACUGCUGGGAUUCAUGCCACACAUGUGGGCUCUCAGGGGAAAACGGUGGUCACUCAGCAGAAGACAAACAAGCUGAUGAUGUGUACCUGAGCGUUACUCCUGCAGGACGACAAACAGCUUCCCAUUUUUUGAUCAAAAGGAGUGUUUACCAUGCCUCGGAACCGGGCCUUUUCGGAGCCGGAGUACUCAGCGGAGUAUUCAGCGGACUGCUCAGUGACACUGCCCUCUGACCCCGGGCAGGCGGUGGGGCGGACACAUGAGGUCACAGUUCGGAGCUCAGGAUGCUGCCUCUGCCUGCCACGGUUCAUGCGCCUCACCUUUGCGCCUGAGUCUCUGGAGAACCUCUACCAGACCUAUUUCAGACGGCAGAGACACGAAACCCUGCUAGUGCUCGUUGUGUUCGCCGCCCUCUUCGACAGCUACAUCAUCGUCAUGUGUGCAGUGGUCUAUACCACUGACAAGCUGGCUUCUGUUUUAGUGGCCUCUGUGGGACUGGCAGCGGAUAUUAUCCUCUACCUGCUGUGCCGCUUCGGGCUGCUGCCAGACCGCAUCUCGAGACGGGUGGUGCCCUACGCCCUGUGGGUGCUCAUAGCAGCUCAGAUUUUCUGCUACCUGGGUCUGAACUAUGCCCGCUUCCACCAGGCCAGCGACACAGUGGGCUGGCAGGCUUUCUUCAGCUUCUCCUUUUUCCUGACCCUGCCUUUGAGGUUAACACCCAUCGUACUCAUCACUACUGUAUCCUGCGGGGUCCACACCCUGGUUCUUGGUGUCACCAUCGCCCAGCAGCAGCAGGAGGACAUCCAGGGGGCAGCCCUUGGCAGACAGAGUUUUCCGGUCCGAGGCAGAGCAGUUUCCAUACCAGACUGUGAUGCAGUUGUAAGGGAAGCUCUCGAUGGUGCAGCGGUAGAAGUUCACCAGAAUCUGAGGAGACAGAUGGGCCUUCUUGAGUCUUGA